AUGGACUCUCAUCCGCCAUCACCCCAACCGUCAUCACCACGGUCAGAUACAAGCUCCCAUCAAUAUUCAGAAGUGCCUACCGAGCCUUUGCCGCCGUCUGAGUUGCGAGUGUUCAACGAGCAUAUGACUCGACGAAAGCAUUUUUUAUCCGACUUUGAGAGAUACAAUCCUGUUCAAAACAUGCACGCACUGGCCAAUCAUGUAUUUGAUCUUUCAGAAAACGUUCAUCGUGUGGGAGAUGAAGUCGCUGUGUCGCGUCGCAUGCUCGACAUGGUUGCAAGUCACCAACGUGAUGGAAAUCACAACCUCCGGAUUAUUGGUGAGGACGUCAUCGGAUUGGAAAAGAGAUUUGGAAUUUUAGAGAAGGAGAUUGGACAACUGAAGGGAAGAGAGGUGGUGGGUUGCGGGUUUAGCAUUGGGACGGCGUUUUUGGCUUGGUUUUUCGGUUGCAUAUAUACCACGGCUACUUUAUUGAGUUCCCUCCUCGUCGGAUAUGUCUUGAGAGGAUACAUCAAUGGUUUUGGAGAGGAAUUCCUACUUUCACAUAAUAUCACCAUCGAAAGUCGUAUAUAUGUCUAUUUGCUGAUAUAUCUUUCUCUGGCUUUUGCAUGGUUACGGUGUUGUGUGCAGGGGAUAUCAUCACCAUGUACUUUUGGAGUAUCUGAUUUUUCUGUUGAUUGCUUUUUCGCUUUUCUCUCGUUUGUUGACUUCUUUCUGUCUCGGGGAACGUGUUUUCCACGAUCCCUUUACAUUCAUUUGCCCGUGACCCGGGAUCGUUGUUGGAAGUGGUUUUGGCGAGAAAGUGGCGGUGGUUCUUGCUUUACCCAUUUUUCUCCAUUUUUGUUUUUGUUUUCACCGGGCUGGACUGCUGCUCCGCUAGGUUGUCUUGUAUGAGUAUUAGGCAGGUGUCAGGUAUUACUUACCGCGUUUAGUUUACUUAAAGUUGUGAUUUGACUUUUGUGUUUGUCUGGGGGCGUGACACAGCAGCAUAGCGAACGAAGUUGUGGUAUGAGGAGAUGAGUAUGGUUUGAUAUAAGUGAACCCGAUCCUAGCGUUUGUUUUUUGUUUUAAGGAUUCAGGAGAUGUCGAGUAGCCCGCAACAUAUGCUAACCCAUUGACAAACUUUGCUUUAAACCCUUGAGUUGCGAAGCACCUUGAGGAGUAGCCGUGAUUGUAGAAUUAUUUGCUGUGAAGUGGAGUGGCGGGGUGGUUGGUGGUAUGGUUGUGAAACGAGUGAUGUGAUAAGUGCGCAAGUCUUCCCCACUCCUCCCUUCCCCUCCCUAUUCGGCGCCCUAAGGAGGAACUGGAAGAAUCAUCUGCUAAAUAGUCUAUCUCUGCCCCUCGCGGGGGCUCCAUUUACUACUGUACGAGGGGAGAGCUGGUGAGCCCAAUAUCAAAAACUUAGCUCUAGUUGAACAAUUUCCUGGACCUGUGGGGAAAUUCAGGAGUGUUGAUAGGGGACCUGGGGUCGGCUAGCAACCGCAGACCCAGGGUCUGGUCGGGGGCGCAGGGUACGGUUAGGGGGAGGGGUUAAGUUCGCCCUGCAUGGUCGAUCUCCCGCGUUAUGAUACCCCCAGAUUUAUGGUGUGGUAGUCCAGCUGAGGCAACAUAGAUCUUGGUAACGCCCCCCCCCAUCCACCCUCUACCCCCAAACUCCAUUGGUUAAACCCAGGUCACCAUCAACUCACCCUUCUCCCUUUCCACACCC